AGUAUGAAAAUUAAAAGAGUAUUUUGCUUUCUCCUCAGCUGAUUUUGGCCUUUCUGCUCAGCUCACCCCUGAGCAAAAUCAGCGGUGCUCGGUGACCGGGACUCCUUGGUGGAUGGCACCUGAAGUGGUGAAGCGUCAACCAUAUGGCCCCAAAGUGGGCGUGUGGUCUUUUGGAAUUGUGGCAAUUGAAAUGGCUGAACAAAAAACUCCUUAUGACAGUUUCACUGCUCGAUCGGCUAAAUUCCACAUAGCCACAGAAGGGAGCCCACAGCUGCGGCAGCCCGAGCAAUUCUCGCCUUUGCUGCGUGACUUCCUGAGCUGCUGCCUGCAGAAAGGCGAGGCGCAGCGCUGGUCUGCCAAGGAGCUGCUGCAGCAUCAAUUUAUAACAUCGGCCAUGCCUGGGUCCAGCCUGGCACCUCUCAUCGUUGCAGUGAAGAAGUGGAAGGAGGAGGCAGGAAUGCAACAAUUAAUUUAGAAACUGUCUUCUCCAUGACCAACUUAGAGUAGGACUGUAGAGUAGGAUUAUAGAGUAGGAUUGUAGAGUAGGAUUAUAGAGUAGGAUUGUAGUGCAGGAUGGUAGUGUAGGUUUGUAGUGUAGGAUUGUAGAGUAGGAUUUUAAAUAAAAUUUCUCAAAUCUCAA